AUGCAAUUUGUGUCUUCCCCUUCUUUCCUCCCUUUUCUCGCCCUCUCUGUCAGACCCCCUUACUCCUCUCUCUGGCUACUCCCUCACUUCCUCCUCCCCUAUAUAUCAGGUUCCGUCCUCCGCCCAUGCGCUUCAGAUUCCUUCCUCGUGCUUCGAGGUCUCGAGCCCUCCAUGGCUCGCACGUGUGAAGAGGAUGGGGCAGUCAAUGGGCUGCUCAUGGCCUUCGUCCUUCGGAGCUCCUCCCUCUUCAUGGAGCUUGCAAGUAAAGUCGUCGAGACCAGUUUAGGGCAGAAAGGUGAAUUGCUCAAGAGGCAAGAGGCCCUGGAGACAAAAGUGACAGCGAUCAUUACCGAGCUGGAAGCAACGAGGAAAAGGGUGGGGGAGGCUGAGGGAAGGGGAGCAGUUCUUUCAAAUGAGCUGAGAGGGCAAGUGGAGGAGCUGGUGGGAGUGAAGGCAGAUCUGGAAGACCACAAGAAUCGUGCCUUGGCGCUGGAAGAGACCCUGGCACACAAUGAAUCGUCUGCUCAUCCCUUUGUGUCACUUCCUCUCCACGAGUUGACAACAGCAAGGGGGGAGCUGGCAGCCGUGAAGAAUGAACUGGGUCAACUGAAAUGUGGUGUCGAGAAGAUAUGGGAGGCCAUCUUCUCAGCAACGCCAGCUCGCACCUCAUUGGACGCAAAGAACAUCUCGUGCCUCUCAGACGCAGCCCUCGGGCGAAUUUCGACCAUGCAGCACCUGCAGUCCAUCGGCCUUGAUGGCUCCUCUGGAUUCACCGCAGAGGGUAUCAAGCAGCUCUACAGGCUGCCCCAGCUGCGCGGGCUGGACAUGCGCAACACACCCAUCUCAGACGAUGCCUUGCACGGCAUUGGGGUGCUCAGCAGCACCCUUCACAUCCUCAGCCUCGUGGGCACCACUGUCACUGAUGCUGCCUUGCACCAUGUGGCAGCCCUCUCGUCACUCACCCUGCUCGAUCUGGUCGGCUGCCGGGGUGUGACAAGUGCCGGCAUGGUGCAUGUGGGCAAGCUGGGGCACCUCGAAGAUCUCCACCUGGGUUCCACUGGUGUGAAGGACGAUGGGCUGCGGCACCUUCUCUCGCUGACCAAGCUGAAGAUCUUAGCAGUGCCACCUGGUGUCACUGAUGCUGGUAUGGAGCUGGUCGCACAGUUGAGUGAAUUGGAGCGGCUUGAUCUGUGGGAUUCCACAGUGACGCAGAAAGGGGUGGGGAAGCUGAUGGGCUUGCCUCAUCUGAUGCGCAUUCGUACGUAUGUCAGUGCCUUGGAUGUGCUGAUCACGAGGGGGAAGAAAACGGACGUGAUUCGGCUCUCGCACCGAGCGCCGAGCAGCACCCGCUCGUCGCAUUUAGCAGCUCGUGUUCUGUGCGACGCGGAGUCCGCAUCCUCUCGUGCCUCGCCUCCCGUCGUCGCGCCUCCCCUCGCCGCGCCUCCUGUCCCAUCAUCACGCCUCCCCUCGUUUCUAGAAGCCUUCCCUCGUCGUGCCUCCGCUCGCCUCGCCGCGCCUCCGUUCGCCUCAUCGAGCCUCCGCUCGCCUCGUCGAGCCUCCGCUCGCCUCGCCGCGCCUCCGCUCGCCUCGCCGUGCCGCCGCUCGCCUCGCCGCGCCUCCGCCCGCCUCGCCGCGCCUCCGCCCGCCUCGCCGCGCCUCCGCUCGCCUCCCCGUGCCUCCGCUCACCUCGCCGCGCCUCCCCCUGCCAUCAGCGCGCCAGCACCCUCCUCGCGCUGCCCCUCCUCGCGCCUCCACUCCCGCUUCCCUUCUCCCACCUGCCCAUCCCUUGCCCUCGCUUCCCUGCCCUUCCACUCACCCCCCCCUGAUUUCCCUAAUUUUAAGCCCUUGCUUUUCCUCAUUUCCCCCUUUGCUUCCCCUCAUUUUCCCUCCUUCUUCCUCUCAUUUACCCCGCUGCUUCCCCUUAUUACCCCACCUGCUUCCCCUCAUUCCCCCCUCUCCUUCCCCUCAUUUCCCUCCCUGCUUCUCCUCAUUUCCCUCCCCUGCUUCCCCUCAUUUCCCUCCCUGCUUCCCCUCAUUUCCCUCCCCUGCUUCUCCUCAUUUCCCUCCCCUGCUUCCCCUCAUUUCCCUCCCUGCUUCCCCUCAUUUCCCUCCCUGCUUCUCCUCAUUUCCCUCCCUGCUUCCCCUCAUUUCCCUCCCUGCUUCCCCUCAUUUCCCUCCCUGCUUCCCCUCAUUUCCCUCCCUGCUUCUCCUCAUUUCCCUCCCCUGCUUCUCCUCAUUUCCCUCCCCUGCUUCCCCUCAUUUCCCUCCCUGCUUCCCCUCAUUUCCCUCCCCUGCUUCCCCUCAUUUCCCUCCCCUGCUUCCCCUCAUUUCCCUCCCCUGCUUCCCCUCAUUUCCCUCCCUGCUUCCCCUCAUUUCCCUCCCUGCUUCCCCUCAUUUCCCUCCCCUGCUUCUCCUCAUUUCCCUCCCCUGCUUCCCCUCAUUUCCCUCCCCUGCUUCCCCUCAUUUCCCUCCCCUGUUUCCCCUCAUUUACCUCCCUGCUUCCCCUCAUUUCCCUCCCCUGCUUCUCCUCAUUUCCCUCCCGGGCGAGCGACGACCCGGAUGAGAGGUGACGACGUGAAGGGCGGGUGA